AUGUUUAUGAGUUUUCGCGAGCAGAUGCCUGGAAAUAUGACCUUUAGAAACAGCUUCAGCGGGAAGCUCGACGACUUCGGCGGACCGUCUCCUCAGUCCCCUCCUUCAGAGACGGCCUUCUCUGCGUUCCCGUCGCCUCAGGGAAGCCAGAAGAGCUUCGUCCAUACCAUCAACCCCCAGCCAUCGACGACCAGCGACGUCCGGUCCACCAUGCAGCGACGUUUUACCACCGAGUCGGCCACGCUGCCGCAGUGGAACGGCUUCAAUCAGCAGCCAUUGAAGCAGGCAGAACAAUUAGAUAUAUUGUCAUCGUUUGAGAAGAAACGACAGCAUAUUGAGUAUAUGCGAGAACAGAAACGACGAUUUGAAGCAGACCUAAAGAUCCUUGAUCUCCAACAGGAGAAAGAAAGGCAAGAGAUGGACCAGAUUGCCAGAGACCUUGCCCAGGUUGGCCUCAACGGUCCAGUCAGCGAACCAACAACCCCGCCUGAGUACUACCGCGAGAGCGGCUUCCCCACUGCCCUCUCUCGCCCAGCUCGAUUCUCCAUUUCAAAUGGACAGGCGUUGUCCCCAUUUGGGAGCGUGUUUUCACCAACAUCUCAAGUGACUUCUCCUACAAGCAACCAGCCUUCGAACCAGGAGGCCGCCAACCGUACUGGCAUGGGGUUGCGUCGAAACUCAGAGCAGACCUACGGAGCAGCCUUUACAGGAUUCAGAGCUGGCCAUGCAAGCCGAUACUCCCUGUCAUCUAACGUUUUUGGAUCAGCCCUUCCACCUGUCUCAUCUCGUGGCAACGGAUUCAAUAACCACAUGGGAUUUGGCUCACUUUUUGCAUCCAAGAACCCCCUCGAGGAUGAGGAAGAUAAACCAAAGCAUGAAGAUCGUAUAUCCACCCCAGAUGUGAAGAGCUACCUUCGCAUGACCGAUCCAGAUGACAAGUUCCCCACGCUGAUGCGAAGAGAUGAUAAUCCAGCGGUUCUCUCCGCCAAUUCUGCAGCUGUUGAUUUUGCAAAUUCCCGCACGCCUGUUCCUGAGAACUUUAAUGGUAAUGGCCGUCAUCAUGCAGUCCGCCACAGCCUGCCUCAGAACUCAUUGUCAUGGCUUCCCGAUACCUCAGAAUCCAUGCACCAAGCCGGAACUACUAAUGGAGGUGGUGCAGGGCAUUACCAUGUUGGACGCCAUGUGAACCGUCUUUCUUUGGAAAGCAACCUCUCAGGACUGGGUGCUCUUAACACAUCCACCCACCAGUCAAACAACAAUAUCGCCCAUCAUCGACCAACAUCUUUGCAGUUGUCCUAUUCUGCUAAUGAUGUUCCUACCACCCAUAAUGGAUUCCACACUGAUUCUACUGCGAGAACUCAAGCUGAGAUUACUCACAAUAACUAUCAGACUCAUAGUCGAAUGCAUUCUCGCAGCAAUGGUGGAUCUGCAAACACUACUCCGCCAACCCCGCAAUCAGCAUCUGACCGUGAGGAGCCAGGUCCUAGCAUUCCAUCGUUUCAGCCAACUUUCCAGCCUAAUGCUGUGUCCCAUGCCCUGAUCUUGACAUCUCCAACCACUAUUGCCCCGAGCGCAAAUGGGUCCACCACCCCUACUCCAAGCACUUUUGCAACACCAGUUUAUGGAUAUGGAAUGCAAGCAUAUGCCCCAGCUCCUUUACAGGUCAAUGGAAACUACCAUACCGCGGUUCAGGGCCAUCCUAUGUUCGGAACGUAUGGAGCACCACCACCACCGCAACAACAACAGGCGAACAACUAUGCUCGAUUUGCUGAGAGUCCUCGUACCUCCCAGGGACGCCGCAGUGGAGAUGCUGAAAACCCAUUGAACCGUUUUGGAAAUGUUCCCCUUGAGAACUACUCUGGUGAAAUCUAUGGAAUGUGCAAGGAUCAGCACGGUUGUCGUUAUCUUCAGAGAAAGCUCGAAGAAGGUUUGCCUGAGCAUGUUCAGAUCAUCUUCCGUGAAACUCAGAUGCAUGUGGUUGAGCUGAUGACUGAUCCAUUCGGCAACUAUCUUUGCCAAAAGUUGCUUGAAUUUACCAACGAUGAGCAGCGUACUGGCCUCAUCAACAUUGCUGCCCCUCACUUGGUACAGAUUGCAUUGAAUCAACAUGGAACUCGCGCACUUCAGAAAAUGAUUGAAUUUAUUUCAACUCCCGAACAGAUCCAAACUGUCAUCAACGCGCUUAGCGGUCAGGUGGUUGACCUCGUCCAGGACCUGAACGGAAACCAUGUGAUCCAAAAGUGCCUGAACCGACUCUCGGCUCCGGAUGCUCAGUUUAUCUACGACGCUGUUGGCAAAGAAUGUGUCGCUGUUGGCACACAUCGUCAUGGUUGCUGUGUCCUUCAGCGAUGCAUUGACCAUGCAUCUGGAGACCAGCGUGCGAGACUCAUUGAGCAAAUCACCAAGAGCUCCUAUUCGCUUGUUCAGGAUCCUUUUGGGAACUACGUCAUUCAGUAUAUCUUGGACCUUGGAGAACCUCUGUUCACUGGACCACUUUGUGCGACCUUCCAAGGAAGCAUUCCAUCCCUCUCGAAGCAAAAGUUCAGUUCCAACGUUAUUGAGAAAUGUAUCCGUACUUCCGACUUCAACAUGCGCCGUGCCUUCAUCAAGGAGAUGUUGUUGCCCCACGAACUUCCCAACAUGCUGCGUGACUCGUUUGCAAACUACGUUAUCCAGACCGCCAUGGACUUUGCCGAUCCGGAAUCCCGUAAUACUUUGAUUGAAGCCGUACGUCCGUUGUUGCCAGGCAUCCGAUCGCAGCCACACGGCCGCCGCAUUGCAGGAAAGAUCAUGACUCUUGAUUCUCAUGCUCGUUCCAAUGGCACAACUGGACCAGCUCCAGGAGCCCCAUUGGCGCUCGAUGAAGUACGAGGUGGUUUCCAGCAGCCUUAUACCCUUCCUGCCAAUCAAUAUGGCUCUCAGUUCAACUCCUCAGAGGCUUCAACGACUGCCCCAUCCGCGGCUGUUUCUGAAUCUGAAUUUGCCGAAGCUCGCUCCCCUCGUAGCGAGAGUGGGAAUACGACCAUCUUUAGCCCUGUUCCUCAACACACCAGCCACGCCAUCAACGGUAUCAACAACAUGAAUGGCAUUAACAACAUGAACGGUAUCAACGGUGUUAACGGACUUAAUGGAUCGAACCCUCAUGGAUUCAACAACAUUUUCUAA